CAAAUAAUGGGACUACAGUUUCUUGACGGAACAUUUCCCUUGCCAUAAAGGGGUAGAUAUAAACAAGGAUAAACUGCUCUCAUAUUUUCUUCUUUUUGUAGUAGGUAAUAGGGAUGUAAAAGGAGUUAAGUAGAGCACUAGUGCACAACUGUAUUUACUGUUUACAAAAGCAGAGACUUAAGGACUGGCCCCAACAAUGAUUACUUAUAGGAAAGAACAGUUGCUGACAUAUGGAUGCAUUGCUCAACACUCAGGUUGAAAAGCAGUUCUGUAAACUGCCCUUACUUCCUCAAGAGAUGAAGCAAUUGCACUCAGGAGAUCAGGUGACCUUUCUAUUCAUGCUGAUUUCAGAAAAAGUGUAUUUUAAUAGGCAUGCCUGAUUGCUCCACUGAUUAGACCAAGUUUAUACCACCUUCAGAGCCUGCAGCUAUUGGAGAACACAGAAUUGCCAGCAACACCAGCAGAAUUCUUCUACGAUAGUCUGACAGCCUCCUCAAAGGCCUUUCAAUACUCCCUUUUCCAGUGAGUGGAAGUGAUGUCUCAGAGGACAUACUUGGAGGCAUUGUGCAAUGGAGAGGAGAGAGCACCUAUCACUGUGCUGUGUUACCUGUGCGAAUUUAACAAAUGGUGGAAAAACAGAACUUCUAAAAUCUGGAAGCUCCAAAUCCACACUAAAGCACAUAUGGACAGAAAGUAGCAAAGACUUGUCCAUCAGUCGACUGCUGUCACAGACUUUUCGUGGAAAGGAAAACGAUACAGAUUUGGACCUGCGAUAUGCUGCCCCAGAAACUUAUUCUGAACAAGACCUCUGGGACUGGCUGAGGAACUCCACAGACCUGCAAGAGCCUCGGCCCAGAGCAAAGAGACGGCCCAUCGUCAAGACUGGGAAAUUUAAGAAAAUGUUUGGCUGGGGAGAUUUUCAUUCCAACAUCAAGACUGUGAAGCUAAAUCUGUUAAUAACGGGGAAAAUCGUUGACCAUGGCAAUGGGACGUUUAGCGUUUACUUCAGGCAUAAUUCCACUGGUCAAGGGAAUGUAUCCGUGAGCUUAGUGCCCCCUACAAAAAUAGUGGAAUUUGACUUGGCACAACAGACAGUGAUUGAUGCCAAAGAUUCCAAGUCCUUUAACUGUCGAAUCGAGUAUGAAAAGGUUGACAAGGCUACCAAGAACACACUCUGCAACUAUGACCCUUCAAAAACAUGUUAUCAGGAGCAGACCCAGAGUCACGUGUCAUGGCUCUGCUCCAAGCCCUUUAAAGUAAUCUGUAUUUACAUUUCCUUUUAUAGUACAGAUUAUAAACUAGUACAGAAGGUGUGUCCUGAUUACAACUACCACAGCGACACACCCUACUUCCCGUCAGGGUGAGGAGGAAUGUGUGUCUGAGACUGAAGCCUGGGGAAUAAAAGAGGCCGUGUGACAGGGCUGUUACCUCGAGGAAGAAGGCCACAUCUAUUGCCUGGAAUGUGUCUACCCGCUGCUGCUGCUGUCAAAUGGCUGCAAAUACGUUAGUGGAAAACAAUCUAAUGUAAUUUUUGCCCAGUCAGCUCCAUGUAUCAAUCUAGUUGUAUUUCACUAUGGAUUUGAAAUAAAACCAUACAUAUACACAGAGACACACACUCUUUUCAGCUCACAUCUAUUGAGAUUCCUGUUAAGAGAGCUUUCAUUGUCUGAUACAUAAGGUUUCAGGAUAACCUAUCAUCAAGCAAAAUGGAUUAACUAGACAGAGAAUGGUUUCUAACACAGACUGUUAUGGAAAUCUCUUCGAAAGUCUUGAGUAUGUGCCAAUCAAUAAUCCCCACUCAUGCAUUCUACUGCUUGGAGUAGCUGUACUGGUAAAUAAUACUGUAGGAGUAAAUGCUUGUUAAAAUGGGGAAAAAAUGUGUGUCUAGAGUUCAGUAUUCCUUAUUAUAUGAACACAACAAAACGUAGUGACUCUUUCUCCAGCAUACAGUAGGCACAUUCAAGGUGGUGUUAGGUGGCUCUUUUUCUGUGGAGCGAACCUGUUACUAGUAAAGAUGGGCAAACAUUUGGAAUUUACAUGUGGGCAGACAUUCUGGUUUCAUGUUUCUCUGACUCUUUAAGCUCUGAUUCUUUAAACCCGGUUGAGUUUAGGCCAGCUAAGCUGCUUAAAAACUCUCCAGCUGAUCACUAAGAGGGAAAAUGCCUGACGGAGAACAUGUAAGUUAUAAGUGGCUGUCUUAUCUUUAUUACAAAAUAUUGUAAGAAAUUCAAUAUCCUAGUCUUCAUUUGUAUGAAUGGUUUGUAUUGUACAUAAUUUAACCAGUGUUAUUUGAGCUGCUUAUUAAUAUUAACUUGUAAUUGUCUCUCUGCUUGUUAUUGGUUAAAAACAAUCAAGGAAAUGAGGAAUCCAUUUUAUCAAUGUAGAUGUAAACUCCAUUAAAAGACAGAACUAUGUACAAAGCAUUUAUUCAGCUAAAGUAUUGUUGAAAGCUAUACAUAUACAACAUUACAGUCUGUCUGUAUUUAGAUAUUUUAUUUCCAGACAAAAAAAUGAACUGUACAUAAAAAUAAAAAAUCUUAAAGUUGAGUUUCAAAAUGUACUGUGCAGAUAGUAGUUUAAAUGGUUCUGACAAGGUGAUAACACUCAAAGUCUGGCGUGGUUUUCAAUAUUGUCUCUUUGCAUAUGAACAUAUUUAUACAUAUGUGUAUGCAUGUUUGAGAGUGUAUAUGUACAUGUGCGUGUGUAAGUGUGUGUGUAUAUACAUAUAGACAUAAAUGUAGAUAUAUAAAACUAUCUCAGGCCCUAUUCCUUGCAAGCAGAUCUCAUUACAACACAGGGUCUUGCUGGUUUGAGUGGAAUCCCCCACUCAGAGAAGAAAUUGCAGGAACAGGGUUUCAUUUAAAAUGAUUCAUUAUCGUUCAGAAGUGGGGAAAUGUGGUGCCACUCUCUGUGUGAACAGGUCUGCCUUUGCCUUAAUUCUAGCCUCCUCUGAGGCACUGAUCUCUUUUUAUGGAAUGAAGAGAUCCCUUUUUAUGGAAUGAAGGAGCUUUCUUCCUCUAAACAAAAAGCUGAUAGCUUUUAUAUAUAUUUUUUGUAUAUAGUAGCAUGCUUUUCCCCUGGUAGCAAGAUAACCAGCAAUCCUAACACGCCCAUGCCUAAAUGAGGGCUGCCCAAAGAAGAACUCAGCAUUUCAUCUCAUGUCUUUCAGAAUUAUCAUUCCUUCCCUCUCCUACCCUUACCCCCAGGUUCUGUGCUCUUCUGUCAAAACUGUGAAUGCAGAUAUGGGUCAGCUUCCAAAUAUACACAACAUCAUGAACAGCUUCUCCAAAGUCCCACCAAACACUCCGCUAAAGUUUCAAGAAGUGAGAAGUUUGAAACAACUUCCAGUUGUGGACUUCUGUUGUUGAAAUGUGCAGAACCUAAACAAGAAUGAAACAAGUUGAAUGGAUAAAAUUAUUAACAAGUAAAUAUUUUCCCACUGAUGUACGAGUAGGAGAGGAGACUUCCAUAUUAUCAUUGCUUUGGCUCCUUCAAACCAAUAUGCUCCUGGGAAUUAUUGCUUCAUUAUAUGUGACAUUCCCCAGGAGAACCUUGUGACCCUGGAUCUUGUGUAGAUUUGGAGAAAGAGAUGGUUCAAGCCAUACAGUCCAGAUUCUGAUCUCAUUCAGGAAUAUGCUGAGCUAUGAUAUAUAUUUUUUUCUUUAAAAGGAAUUGUGAUUAUACUGGUAGUAUUUCAUCAUUUGUGCUGUAUGAGAAGUAACUGUUCUGAAUAUAAACAUGAAUUUGUGCUACAACCAAGAGUGAAAUUUUAGCUCCAUUAAAGUCAAUGAGAAUUUUGUUAUUGAGUUCAAUAGGGUUUCCAUUUAAUGGUAUGUAGAAUUCCAUUGUUAAACAUGAUUAGCAAUCUGUAUUAUGAUUGAGCAUUAUGCACUUUGUGUUUUCAUUUAUGUUUCUGAAAAGUAGAUAUAAAAUACUGCUACUGCUA